CGACGGCCUUCACGUCCAACGGUCGAUUUUUUCGAAUUUUUUACAAGCGGCGUUGAAGCACUGCCGAACGAUUGCAGAGCUUGUUUUGUCGGCUAUUGUCGCCCGCGGGGAUGCAAUCUUCGUUUGGUAUAUGUGUCACACGCUGCGAUUUAUGGAAGACGUCCUCCAACGGUUCCCGCUGCUGCUGCUGCCCACUCUUCUCCUGCUCGUUGUCGUGUUGUUCCACGUGCGCGUCGUUGUGCGGGGUCCUCGCGGCAGACGAAAACGACAAAGUCCAAAUAUGAGGAAGACAACGAUGGACAGGCGUGAAGCAUCCAACAGACAACCGGCACACGCCAUCGAGUACUCUGCUUCAGGAGCGAUGGCUGGGGCGCGUCUUGCGGGCGCAUAUGACCCAACAUUGUACAGUCAUCUCCCGCCUCACGAGCAGCCAUUACCGCCGGAUGCCGAAGAGCAAUGGGUGGAUGAUAUGUCCCGCACUCUGCCUCUGGGGAGCGGAUCGACGCAGGAAUGGAUGGGGAGUCAUUGUAGACAACGGGAGGCCAUGACAAGUUGUCAUUCGUUCUCCGCUCUGCUAGAGGACGAUGUCGGUGGAGGCGAUACGGAGAUUGUGGACUUGGAUUUUGGUUUGUCAAGCGGGAGUGGUCCAACAGCUACACACACUCGCACGUUCAACCCAGUGCCUGGUGCGACUGUCGGCAGAUUGAGUGUGCAUGGUGGAAGGUCCUCUCCGCAAGGUGUGAGCCCUGAUGGUUGUCGUCCGCCGCCUCCGUUUUCUUGGGGUGCGGGAUCAUCCAGUGACAUGCUUCGCACGUCGUUGCCCCCCCCUUUGGCAUCGCCUUUGAGUGCACCGCGCCAGACGAUGGGCGCACCGGUGGCGAACACAAACGUUGCCGGAUCGGACAAAGUUGGCAGAGGAAGGGGUGGAGGCGUGCGUCAAGGGAAGGAUGUUUCCCGUGGUGGUCGCAGCUCGAACGGUUCGUCAGGUGAGAAGGCUGGGAAACAUCCGUCAUGGAGUGUUGAGGAGAUGCUGAAGCUUGCCUGGGCGAAGAGGGAUCAACAAGCUCAUUUCGAGGUCAUGCCGCACAACUACGGACGAAUGCACAACAGAGAAUGGAAGCUGCAAGACCUUCAAAAGCGUUUGCUGGAGGUGGGGGUGGAUAGGACGACUGACGACAUAGGCAAGAAGUGGGACAAUCUCUUCCAACAGUACAAGAAAGUGCAACGGUAUGAGAACGCCUCCGGGGGGAAGAACUUCCUAAACCUCACACCUGCUUUGAGAACGGAAGAAGGCUUCAACUUCAGAAUUUCAGAAUGAAGGAGCGUGUGUACGAUGAGAUAAACACCAUGUCGAAGG